UUGGUUACCUUUGACGUCACGUGGCCCAGCCUAGUCUCGGCUCCUGGGGCUGGUCUGAUUGGAGGGAAACCCCGUGGAUUAGCCCGACAGCCCGUGAGAGUCAGCUGUGAGCCGCGGUUAGCUUAGCUCCGACAGGACCGUCGUCAUUCCCAGACAUUCAGCACUGAGCAGCCAUGGACAAGAGCGAGUUAGUGCAAAAAGCCAAGCUGGCCGAGCAGGCAGAGCGCUAUGAUGACAUGGCAGCCGCUAUGAAAUCUGUCACUGAGGGCGACAUUGAACUGUCUAACGAGGAACGCAACCUGCUCUCGGUGGCUUACAAGAACGUGGUGGGAGCCCGCCGCUCCUCCUGGAGAGUGGUCUCCAGCAUCGAGCAGAAGACGGAGGGCAGCGAUAAGAAGCAGCAAAUGGUCAAGGAAUAUCGGGAAAAGAUUGAGAAGGAGUUGAAGGACAUCUGCAAUGACGUACUGGUUCUUCUGGACAAGUACCUUAUCCCCAAGGCGACCCCGGCUGAAAGUAAAGUCUUCUAUCUGAAAAUGAAAGGCGAUUACUAUCGCUACUUAGCAGAGGUGGCUGUGGGAGAGGAGAAAAGCUCUAUCAUUGGCAAUUCACAGGAGGCCUACAAGGAUGCCUUUGAAAUCAGUAAGGCAGAGAUGCAGCCCACACACCCCAUUCGUCUGGGCCUUGCGCUCAAUUUCUCCGUAUUUUAUUACGAGAUUCUCAACGCGCCCGACCAGGCCUGCAAGCUUGCCAAAACGGCUUUUGAUGAGGCCAUUGCAGAGCUUGAUUCACUGAAUGAAGAAUCAUACAAAGACAGCACAUUGAUCAUGCAGCUACUGCGGGACAAUUUGACACUGUGGACUUCAGAUAACCAGGGUGAUGGUGAGGACACCGAGGAGGGUCGGGAAAACUGAGUCUCGCUCUGUCCGUCCUUCCCGUGUUAUUCACCUGCCAUCGUUCCAGCUCACCAUCAACACUGA